AUGGUUUUUUUUUCAAAUUCACUUUUUUUUUUGGUUUUCUUGGUUAAUUGUUGGUGAUUGUUUUUUCAGUUUUUAAUUUGUGCUUAGAUAUUUUUACAAUUUUCUAAUGGAUAAUCCUUGGAUUUGUGUUUUCUGUCAGCAAAGGUCACAUUAUAAAGGAAUGGGUGAUCUUUUUGGUCCAUAUUUCAUUCCGGUGGAAAUUAAAAGUCAAUCUAAUCAAUGGUCAGCAAAUGGUGACAAUAAAAUGGACGAAGUUGGAACUUGGAUUAAACAAGAAUCUGUUUGUUCAUCAUCAACAAGUGAUAAUCAACUUCGUUCCCGAUUAACAUAUGAAAAAAGGCGAUGUCCAGAAGGUGAUUCACCCGAUGCGAAAAGGCGUCUAAUUGUUACCAACACGGGCUUAGAAUUAACUUCAAUCCCAUCAACAACAAUCAAUCGUAUUAACAACAAUAAUAACAAUAGUAAUAAUAACAACAGUAAUGGAGGCAAUUCAACAUCUCAACGCGAGGUUUGGUUCCAUGAAGAUUGUUUAGUUUGGUCCAAUGGUGUUUAUCUAGUUGGACAUAGGAUUAGAAAUAUUGAAGAAGUGAUUAAAGAUUGCUCUGAAAAUAUUUGCUGCGAGUGUAAAUUAAAAGGAGCGCCUCUUGGCUGCCUUCGUAAAGGAUGUUCUCCAAGAUUUCACUACUUAUGUGCCAAAGAAAAAGGUUGUGAUAUGGACGAAGAAAACUUUUCAAUUCACUGUCCAAAACAUCAAAGAAUAUGAAAAGGAAACGAUUUAGUUAUACUUGGAGUAGGAAAAAAUUUCGCCACAAUUAAUUUUCUUUCAAAAUCGAAAUCAAUUUUCCCAAUAAGAUUUGAUUGAAGAUUAAAAAAUUUCUUUAUUUUCAUUUAUACAUUUA